UUCCUCGGACUUUUCCUCCCUCAUUCGUGGAAUAAUGAAACUAUUCUCUUCAAAAUGGCAAAUUCAAAAUUGAACACAAACAUCGCUAAACAAAUAUCUGCAACUUGUGAAUAACACUUCAGUAUAAAUUGCGCCAACUCCCACCUACUCUGCUCACACCCAUCAAGAUUCUAGUUAAUUCAACAUGAAGUACGUCGUUUUAGCAAGGUCAACGGCACGAGCUCUAUUCACCGGUGGCCGGAUCUACCACCGCCAAUUCUCCACGGUGACGAUCGCCAGACAACUGGAGAACGUGGAGGCGACACACCACCAUGGUGGAAGCGCCUUCGGCGGAAGCGGAAGCUUCUGGUGGCGGAAGAUGUCCUCCCUGCCUGAGAUAAAGGAUCAGCAUCACUCAGAAGAGAAGAAAAAGGAGGACACCACCACCACCACCAACAACGAGAACGGCGUUGUUUCGAGUUACUGGGGGAUCACGAGGCCUAAGGUUCAGAGGGAAGAUGGUACCGAAUGGCCUUGGAACUGUUUCAUGUUUGUCCUGUGAAUAUGUGAUAACUGAUGUAUGCCACUUUCAGCCAUGGGACACUUAUCGCGCAGAUGUGUCCAUAGAUGUGAAGAAACAUCACGUGCCAAAGACGUUUUCGGACAAGGUUGCCUUCAGGAGUGUCAAAUUUCUCAGGGUUCUCUCAGAUUUGUACUUCAAGGAGCGGUAUGGAUGCCAUGCCAUGAUGCUAGAAACAAUUGCAGCUGUGCCAGGAAUGGUGGGAGGGAUGUUGUUACACCUCAAGUCACUAAGGAAGUUCCAACACAGUGGCGGUUGGAUCAAGGCACUGCUUGAGGAAGCAGAGAACGAGAGGAUGCACCUCAUGACCAUGGUUGAGCUUGUGAAACCAAGCUGGCACGAGAGGCUUCUUGUUAUUACUGCUCAGGGAGUUUUCUUCAAUGCCUUCUUUGUGUUCUACCUUCUCUCACCAAAGGCCGCACACAGGUUUGUUGGUUAUUUGGAAGAAGAAGCUGUGAUCUCUUAUACACAGCACUUGGAUGCAAUUGUAAGUGGCAAGGUUGAGAAUGUCCCUGCUCCUGCCAUUGCCAUUGAUUAUUGGAGGCUUCCAAAGGACGCAACUCUCAAGGAUGUUAUUACUGUCAUUCGUGCUGAUGAGGCUCACCAUAGGGAUGUUAAUCACUUCGCUUCUGAUAUUCACCAUCAAGGAAAGGAAUUGAAGGAGGCUCCAGCUCCUAUUGGUUAUCACUGAGUCAUUAUUUUUGCUUUAUAAACGAUUUAUGUAUCCAAAGGUUAAAUAAAAUGUAUUCCCAGUGUGCAUUUUCGGACCAAAUAAUUCAUUAAUUAAUUCUUAAUUCUAACAUAGGAGUCAUAUAAUUGACUGAGUGCCUCGUCUCACUC